AUGGAUCAAAUUCUUCACCUAGUCAAUGGACACAACGGCCUCCUGCUCGCCCUCAAUAGCGCGCACGACGGAGUACUCGGCAAAGCAUUGGACCGGUCAGACGCAGACGAGGCGCAGGCCUUUCGGGUGACCUCGAGUGAUGCCUCCGGCGAAAUCCUCAAGGUGUACGGAAAGCUGAGGUGGCUGGCCUUCAAUCCUGGCAGCACCGUGCACGCGGUCCAUUCACGUGGCGCUGCUUCGAAGUGGCACGUCAGCAUGGUUGAGCCGGCGCACUAUUUCUACCUGAAGACUGGAGACGGCAGGUGCCUGGCCAUGCAUGGACACACCGUCAAAGUGGAACCGUUCACCGGGAGUGAGAGACAACAGUGGUGGGGCAUCUCACACCGUAACAGUGCCGAGCUGAUUGGGAAGGUGGACGAAAUUGAGGGUUUGGGAGACGGCGGGAGUGAAAGUUACCCCGGCGGCUCGAACCCCCCCGCUCCCCCGGUGGAUUCUGGAAACAUUUGCGGCAACCCCAUGUGUGGAAGAACCUUCAUUUGCGCUGCGGACUACAACCGGAGAGUCCAGCCGCUGGGUUACCCGGGUGUCUAG